AUGAGGGCGAAUUGCAUCUUUGCCUCACCACAUCCCAGGCCCAGAAGCAUCGCAUUGCUUCUGGCUGCCUUUUGCCUCUUCACCGACACCAUCGCAAUGCCAAUGGUACAGGGACCCCGGGACCUGGAGAGGCCAACGUUCUCACGCCUACGUGAUGGCCCCAUCCUUCUGCCGCCCCAGGCAAGCUCUGCUCUAGCGUUCGAAAACAGUAGGCCCUGGCCACUCAUGAACGACUUGUCGUUGUCUCGCAGACCCGGCAGCCUUGACAUGGACGAUGAGGCCACAGUACCUCUGGCCGACGUUCGGACGGCCAUCAACUUCGCAGUGGCGGAGGUGGCCCCAAGCAAUCGCCAUGCCUCCGAGGCGAUGACUACAACUGAAAUCUCGAAAAAGGCGCCUUCGACGCAGGCCACUCCGCCGGAAUCAAGGAUGCGCACCACCGAGGUGGCCCGGUUCGAGUCACCCUCCACCGUAUUGCCAUGGCAACGCGACUUCCGCCUGAUACAGACAGCGCCUCCUCCACCGCGCAUCUUGCCCGUUGGUCUAAUGGUCCAGCGACAGCAGCCCAUUGUCGUCACCCAGCAACAGCCGCCCAGUGUCAUCCCCAUCGAGACGGCGCCACGGUUACUACUGCCAGGCCAACUGAUCGAGCCCCCACCUCGGCCACUCAUCGACUUGCCGCAGCCCCUGAUCUCGGCGCCGAUAGCUCAGUCACCACCCUUCGGCCUUGGUUUAAUGCCCAUGCCAAUGAUGCCCAUGCAGCCAGGGUUACCGACCAUUCGCUCGCGCGUAGAAAUGCCAGCGCACAUGUCGCCUAGCUUCGGCUUUGCCCUUGGCCCAGGCCAAGUACCACCUCCACCCCCAGCUCAGCUGGGACAGCCGAACAUCAUGCCACUUGGUGCGGGCCUCGCGCAAGUACCGCCCUCCGACCAGCCAUUGGGUUGA